AUGGGCCACAGCGACUUGAUAAUAGAAGAAGAGUUUGAUCCUUCUUUACUUGGCUUGGAAGUGCCAGACCACCUUUUAACGCCGUCGCAAGGAUCUCAAGCUGAAGUUCGAGAGGAUCUCUUGCAGAAUGGUGUUCAGAAUAAUCGAUUAGACAGACAUAAGAUUGGCAAUGACCGACUUCAUUUCGUUCAUAACAAUCCCAAUCCCCAAUCUCAGAAUCAGAAUCAGAAUCAGAAUCAGAAUGUCAGGAAACACACAGCUCUAGAGUUAUUACGAGCUAUAAGCGAAUCUUACAUACCCGUCAAUUCGCAUAAUACAACAACAACAUCAUCAUCAUCAUCAUUCCCUAUCAUCGCUGCAAAUGGGAACCAAGUUCAUGGCAAGCUUCACAAUGUUUCUCCGCUUAUCAACGGUAUCAGCCAUGAAGAACCGAUAGCUCGAGAUUUUGUCGAUGAAGUGGAUCAUCCGUCACCUCAUUCAGUCAAUGGGACCCAUAACACAUCUUGGGCAGAUGAUCAUCACAGCCGCCAUGACGAACAACAGUCGAUAUCGUCGGAAACGGAGCCAACAGAUUCUUGCCUGUCUACAAUCACCAGCUUAGGAGAUACAGCAUCGUAUGAGGAGACAGAGACGAAACCUCGUUCGUACCUCAAGAUCAUCCGUGUUAGAAUACCAGGUAGUAAGCGAUAUCGACAAGCCAUAAGGGUAUACCGACCACCUCCGUCGUCAACUUCCAUCGACGAUACGACCAUCGAUCCUUCGAUCGCAUCUGCUCUGGUUCCAGAACCAGAAAUAGAGCCAGAGAUGCAUUCACAAUUCCAAAAGGACAUAUAUCAUACAUUUGGUAAAGACCUGAUUCACAAGAUCGUUCAUCAAUCUAAAUUGGAUUCGACAAGUGGAGCGACAUUCCCAUCGAUAUUAAGAGAUCUAUUCCUCUCUCUUUCGGAUGUACAUACGACCCUGAAGAUCGUCAAUCAUAUGAGAAGACAAGUGGAUCUACCAGUCUUAGAAUUCAGACGAAUGAACAGAAUAGAAUUGAGGAAACUUAUAGCUAAAAUGAGAGAAGGAUUGUAUAUCGAUCUGGUAUCAGCUCUGAUCUUGCCUCUAGCUCAGAAUAAUCCGAGAAAGGCUGGAGAAGGGAAAGGGACGGAUACUGAAUUCGCAACUACAGAUGAAGAGAAAGUCAAAGUAACUUUGACACCGACAAACUUGAAAAUUAUGGAAAAGAAAUUGCCUAAAGUCUUCCCUGGCGAGAAGAGCUUGAUUAAGAGUUUUCUCAGCGAGGAUCAUAGAUAUGCGUAUGGUGAGACCAUGGGACAUGUAGUCUGGCAAGGUGGGAUUGGGAAAGUCAGGGGGAAAGGUGAAGGUGGAUUUAGAGGCAAGGAAGAUCUUGAGGGGGAUACGCAUAUCUAUGUGGAUCACUCGAAUAUCCUGCAUGGUCUCAUACAAUACCUUUACGCCAAUCCUUCCGAUGCCCUACCUCCGCGACAUCUACGUACUCUCUCUCUCCCAGCCCUAUCCCUCCUACUUCGAAGAGGGAGAUACACCCCACCUGGAUCGCUACACCUCGUAGCUUCAUCACCUCUACAGCAAAAUCUCGAUGUACUAGUAAGACUAGGAUGGGAAAUAUCAGUGUUGAAAAGAGUGGAAUUGUACGAGGAUGAAAUUGAGGAUUCAACUUCGGUUAAAAUAAUCAAUAAAGCGCAGACGAAGCUACCUACAGCGACUAUAACGUGUAAUGCUGGAUUGGGAGGAGGGGUGAGAAGGUAUAAGGAACAAGGUGUAGAUGAGAUCCUACAUCUGAAGAUACUACAAAUCCUCAAUGAGAAGGGUACGAUCCCAAGAUCGGCUAAAGCAAGUACGAAUACUUUGGUAUUAGCUACUGGCGAUGCGAGAGGAGGUCAAUUUAAUAAAGAUGGAUUCCCGGGUGCUGUAAGGGAAGCGAUCAAGAGAGGUUGGAAUGUUGAAUUGUGGUCUUUCACUUCGGGUCUGUCGAGAGCAUGGAAGGAUAUCGCCAGAAGGGAAAGAUGGUAUGAGAUAGGUAGAUUCACCAUUUGGGCGUUGGAUGAUUGGGCGGAACAGUUAGUGGAAGUUGGCGAAGAAGAUUAUUAUUGA